AUGGCCAUCAUCACGGACUCAGUGAAGGACUCUUUGAAUGGGAACCAGAUUCAUCAGAUGCAGGAGAGGGAACGAGCAACACCUAUGGCUGCUGCUGGAAAUACAAAAGCUGCUUUCAGCUUCUCGCCAAACACGAUCUCAGAAGGCAGCCACUUGUCAAAUAUGGCUUCAGAGGUGACAACACCCAUGGCAACCUUGCUGGAUACCAGAGAUCAUCCUGCCGAUUCGAGUGACUACUCUUAUGAAUACAUGGAAGAGGCAGAUUACAUGCUAUAUGGCCUUUGCACGAAGGAAGAAGUGCUCUCAUUUAGCAGAAUAUUCUUGCCAGCAUUUUACACUGUGAUUUUCCUGGUCGGGUUGGCUGGGAAUGCCCUCUUGCUUACUGUCCUGAUUAUGUACAUCAAGAAGAAAAAGAAGAUGACUGAAGUGUAUCUGCUGAACCUGGUGGUUUCAGACUUCCUUCUCCUAAUAACCCUUCCUUUUUGGGCCCUAUACAUUUCUCAGUGGGUGACCUGGGACCUGUUGUGCCCACUCUUAAACACCAUGUACACUCUGAAUUUCUACAGUGGGGUCUUUUUUGUGAGCUGCAUGAGUCUGGACAUGUACCUGCAGAUAGUCCAUACUUGUUCUCCUCGUAACUCAAUGAUGCAGAGGAAGUCCAUCCUUAUCUUGUCAGUGGUUUGGAUCCUUUCCGUACUUCUCUCUAUUCCUGAUGGCAUCUUCACAAACAUCAAGCAAAUCCACAACAAAACUGUCAUGUGCACUCAUGAUUAUGGUCAGAAACACUUAUUUUGGAAAGUUGUUUUCCAGGCCAUUCAAAACAUCCUGGGCUUUCUUGUUCCGUUCCUCUUCAUGGUGUUCUCCUAUUCCCGUGUAGCGUGUGUCCUCACCACUUCUCCCAUCGCUGGAUCAAGAAGAGCACUCUGCUUAGUCUUUACUCUGGUUUAAGCUUGCAACGUGAGACUCCUAGUUAUCUCCUAGUGAUCUAGUUGUAAGCUCCCUUUACACCAUGGAUCUAGUCGAUGCAGCCAGUGGA